CGCUUUCCAUCCUGCCAGUGGACAGCUGAGAGCGAAGUGCAAACUAAACAGGCCGUUUGCAGCCGCGUUAACGUCGCAGAUUAAACUCUAGUUUUAUUUUAGUGUCGACAUGCACAGAAUAAAAAUCAUAUCGGGCCACUUGUCGGAGUGCAGAUCUGCGGGGAGCAGCAGUCCGGAGGACGUGGUGGUGGUGCACGGACGGAGGACGGCUAUCGGGAAAGCGAAGAGAGGAGCGUUUAAGGUCACGACGCCUGACGAGCUGCUGAGUGCAGUGAUGACAGCUGUGCUCAUAGAUGUUGGCCUUUCACCCGACAAGCUGGGAGACGUUUGUGUCGGUAACGUGCUGCAGCCCGGUGCCGGUGCGCUGAUGGCCAGGGUGGCUCAGUUCCUCAGCGGCUUUCCAGAGACGGUACCCACCUACACCGUCAACCGACAGUGCUCCUCCGGACUGCAGGCUCUGUUCAACAUCGCAGGAGCCAUCCGGAGCAGAUCCAUUGACCUGGGCCUCGCCUGUGGCGUGGAGAGCAUGUCUCUGCGCGAGGUAGGAGAUCCAGGAGAUUUGAGCUCCAGAAUGACGGCCGUCGACAAAGCCAAAGACUGCAUCAUCCCGAUGGGCAUCACCUCAGAGAACGUCGCAGAGAGAUUCGGGGUCUCCAGAGAAAAGCAGGACGCCUUCGCUCUCAGUUCUCAGCAAAAAGCAGCCCGGGCGCAGAGCGCGGGUCUGUUCCGGCAGGAGAUCGUUCCCGUCACCGUCAGGUGUGUGGACGAGCAGGGCAACGAGCGCGAGGCGGUGGUCUCCGAGGACGAAGGGAUCAGAGCGGGAACGACUCUGGCGGGACUGAGCAAACUGCGGCCGGCCUUCAAACCCGACGGCAGCGCCACAGCAGGUAACGCCAGCCAGCUGAGCGACGGGGCGGCGGCCGUGCUGAUUGGUCGCAGGUCUGCGGUCGAGGCUCUGGGUCUGCCGGUCCUGGGGGUCCUGAGGGCCAGUGCGGUGGUGGGGGUCCCCCCGGAUGUUAUGGGUAUAGGACCAGCAUUCGCCAUCCCCGCAGCUCUGGGACAGGCUGGACUAACUGUGGCCGACAUCGACGUGUUUGAAAUCAACGAGGCUUUUGCCAGUCAGGUGGUGUACUGCGUGGAGAAGCUGGGGAUCCCGCUGGAGAAGGUGAACCCUAACGGGGGCGCCAUCGCUCUGGGUCACCCUCUGGGCUGCACCGGAGUGCGACAGGUGGUGACGCUGCUCAACGAGCUCAGACGUAGAGGCAGGAGGGCGUACGGCGUGGUGUCCAUGUGCAUCGGGACCGGGAUGGGAGCGGCCGCUGUGUUCGAGUACCCCGGACCGCAGGAGCCAAAUCAAGACCACCUCACUGAUUAAAAGCCCCUUUCAGACAUGACAAGUAUUCGGCCUCCUUAAGACCUCAUAAUGUUUUCUAUACGGCUCAGGUGUGAGUGGUCACAUACCAUCAAGAUGUUCAGACAGCACGGCGACCAAUUACAACAGGGUGACACUUUAAAUGUUUUUGCCGACUAACCAGAGCUGCUUAAAGGCAGAAUGAGGCACGAGAAGCCGAUGUCUGUAUCUGCAGAGAGCAUCCUUUGAACUAACGCUGCUGUACUUUAGAUGUUAGUACUUGUAUAGGAGAGACACUUCAAACAGCACUUGAU